AUGGCUGGCGUUGAGCACUCACUGCUGCAGCUGCAACGCCUUAUCGCCGGUGCACGGAAAGAGGGUAGCGGCGGCGGUGAGAGUGACAGUGACAAGGAACACGAUAGCAAAACCUCAAAAGUCGUCAGAGUUGCCAAACUGGCGCGGCAGUUCGCCAGGCUGGAGGCGGAACUGUUUCGCCAGCAGGGUCUGCAGGAUAAGGCCCGCGAGCUACAUCAGCGCGCUGAGCGACGACGACGAGAGCAGCAAGGUCAAGGUCAGCGGGGGUUAUGUCAAACCGAAACUGUGCCUGUGGAGGAAUCUCGAAAUCGUGCGUAUGCUGCAAUGGGCGCCGGCGACGCAGAAGCAGGAAGUACGAGUCGUGAGUUCUCCUCGCCCGGCUCAAGCUCACUGAACGGCGCCGCCACUCUCCUGCGGCAGGAAGCGCCAACCCGUGAUGCACAGCAGCGUCUCAACGAUGCAAGUUACGUGGGGGAGGCGGAGAACUCGUGUCGCGUGUACGGUGCAUGCCACCGCACAAACUCCGCUGCACACCUCCUUGUUAACCUCACGGAUGGAACAACGCGGCUGCAAGGGAUUGGCGUGGGCUGCGGCUUAGGCAAUAACAAGGAUGCGAUGUUGCGCGCCAGCGCCCGUUGUGUGCCAUCGUAUUCCUUUGCGCAGGCCUACGCAGGAGACGAUCGGAAGCGGCUUAUUUUCAUUGUGGAUCAGUUGUCUCGCAUCCUGCGAGAGGAGCGGCGUCAGAAAGAGGUGCUGCUGCUGCGGGUUGUGGACCCAAUGGUCCGACAGAUUGAGGCGUUGGAGCGUGAGCUGGCGCGCCAACGAUGCGAGAAUGCGGCGCUGAGGCAGGAGACUGAGCGGCGCGUAGAUUCCCGGCAGGCGUUGGGGUCAAGCGGUGUUGGAAGGAGCGAGAAGACGGACUCUGGUGGCGAGGACGAUCGGGUCUUGACGCUCCUGCAGUACUGCGAGGAGCAACUCCUCCGGCUGACCGAGCUGCGGAUGCUGAGGAAGUGA